AGAAAACAAUUAUAGACACAAAACUGUAGUAGCCCUUCAGGUGGAUUAAAAUCGAUACAGUGGUACAAAAUCUAAAUAGUACUAAUGGCUGAACAAAUCUGUUACAUCUGUUGGCCCAAAUCUUAAUACUUUCAUUUUUUUAUAAGCCGAAAUUGACGUUUCUGUAAUACUAUCCUUAUUAGCGAGGGAUUUAAUUGUUAGUCUCUUUCAAGUUAUUUCACAACCUGAUUACAAUGAAAACCUGAAAUUAAGUCGAAUACUUAUUAUUUCGGCAAUUAUUCAGCGAUCAAACAAUGCAAAACAAUAUUUCUCAAAUGCUUGUGAAAGCAAUCAAAUCCUGGAAAAAAUACUUCUAAUUUACCGUUUAUUAAGAGUAGCACUACGUUGUGAACUGUUACGAAUAAUACCAUACCUUUUGGCAAUAUAUAAGUUAGUCAAUCAUCUGCAAAUAGACAAUUUGAUUGAUCAGAAAUUUCUUCCCAUGAUUUGAUUGAUAAUAAAUAACAAACUUAUUUAAACACAUAAUGAAGGUGCACUGCUAGUAAUUUCGGCCACUGUUUAAACUCAUAAAAAGUUGUGCAUGAUAGCGCGGUUAGGAAAGUGCAAGUAUUAGCUGCAAACGUGCACUUAAAAUGAAAAGCAAAUGUUAGAGGCAUAGCAAUAUACACUCUAACGACGUAACUGGAGUGUAACUACUUUGCCAACACCAAUACAUAACCAAAUAUAUGAUGAUCGUACAUAGCCACCCACUAUAGCAUAACUUGUUGAUUGAUCAACCAUAACCAAUCCUUCCGGAAAUUAAAAUGCUUGCCUAACAGCGCUUUAACACAGCAUAGUUUUAACUGUUCAGUUCAGAGGAAGCGAUGAAGAAAGGGUGGCGGUUCCACUAUUAGACCUACAGCUUAUGCAAAAGAUCCCACUGAAAAUGAAGGCUAUAAGUAACGCAGCAAAUAUUAAUGCAUAAAGAAUAUAAACUAGAAGCAAAAGAAACGAAUAAAAAAAUACAAUUCUUUGCUUCCAUAAAUUUAAUGCCUGAUAUGCAUGUUGUUCUUCCACCACAGUAACAAUGCUUAAUUUUAGUACGUUUAUAAUUCUACAAUGCAUGCGAGGACAUGCACAAACGCCCCUAUGCAUGUUAUAGCUUUUUAUUGCAUUUUUGUAAAAUCUGUAAUAACAUACAGUGGAACCCCUUAUAACAAGUUUUCGCAUAACGAGCUCUAAUCUAAGCAAGUGUAAAGGAUACAUUUUUUUGGGAUCUAAUUUGAAAUCUAGAGCAAGAUCGGUUAACGUCGAGCAAUUCUUUAUUUUCGCUCAGGCAAAUGAGUUUCGAUACUAAGAAUCGUUUAAUAUAAAUCAUUUGCCAGGAGGAGAGGUGCCGAAUAAUAGUGCACAAGUGUGUGGUAUAUUUAAGAGUGUUUUUUUUGCGUUUCGAUACUGAGAUUCUAUUAACAAAUGUGAAAAAGAGUGUCCCUCAUAACGAGUGAGUUACUGAAACGCAUUCAACUCGUUAUGCGCAGUUCCUCUGUAUACUGCUUUCAUGUUAGACGUAAAUUUAGAGAGAACAAGCAAACAGAACGUUCUGUAAAAUAUAUUACCGAAUAAUUGUGAUUAUUAUUAAUAAAGCAAAACUCGAAAUAUACUACUAACCCAAUUGUCGUACAAACCUUUAAGUGCGAGAGGUUAAACAUGUAGAGCUGCUUACUGUAGCAAUACAGAGAGAUGAAAAAGUGCAAUAAAGCAAGUUGCACCCACUGGGUUUGUUGUGCGUGCAUUGAUAAAUUUCAAAUAUAAAAAUGUGAUAAAUUAUAAACGACCACAUUCAAUGGAAAAUGCAUCCUUCUUUCCCUGCGUAACGCCGUUUUCCGAUACGCAAAUCGUGAAAAGCAAAUCUGUUUGUAAGCCAGCUUAGAUGCGUAAACGGAUGCAGCAAAGAUAUGACAGCUUUCUGAUCAGAUCGCGAGCACACACCCCGCUGCAUGUAUGCGUGCAGAGUCUGCACAACGACGCACACAGUGGUGUGAGUGAGUAAGUCUUUUUUUUGCGAAAGUACCCGGACCGAUCACGAGCUCGGACUGCUGCAGCUGAGUUACACGAACGGCGAUCGCGGCCACACAACGUAUACACGUUCGACCGCGGACCAUUCGGGUGGGUCUCUUUUGACUUCCUUCAUUCCAGUCCAUUCCAGUCAGUGCGUACCGCAGGCAUAUUGUUUGGUAGUCGUGUCAGUCCGUCUUAAGAUGGUCGAUGGUUGCCUCGAUCGCCGCUGCUGGUAAAGUGUGUGAAAGGCGGCAACCGAAGUGUGUACACGGCGGCUGCUGCUACGUGUACGUUGCCGUCAUUCGCUGUGUGUGCCGUGAACACCACCUGAGCCAGUUCGACAAGUCUUCUCUGUCCCUUUUUGUGCAUGAAAGUGCGGUGUACCAGCACGGUUUUACUCAGAAGCCGGAAGUGGUGUCGUUUUGUGCAUUUCGAAAGGAAGAGUGUACACUCCAGUGACGUGAUACGAUCAACAGAAAAACAUGAUUAGAAAAUCGCCCACAACUGUGUAUGGUGGUGCGAAUCUUUAUCGAAAUCUCACCGCGCUUUCCACAAGCAACGGCACCCAGCAGAGGCGCGAGUGAAAGCAAACAGCUAGAAGAGCUUGGCCGAGCCAUUUCACCGUGUGAAUUCCAGAGCCCCCUCCCUCCCCUUUCCAAUUGAAUUAAGGCCCAGCGGGUCCCAUAUUUAUCACAUUAUACACAUCGAAGUAAGCGUUUUCGUGUAUUUUCGACGCGUUGCUGCCAUUUCUUCUAAAGCCCCCGUGUAGUAGGGCUCUGCUUGGCUGUGAAGUAAAAGGUGAUAAAAAUGGAAGAAAUGCGAUUUUGCUACGGAUCGGCCGUCCGGUGGCGUGGAACAAUGAGGAUUCUGGCCAGCGUACUGCUGGUGGUGGCGGUUUUAGAUAAUGCAGCAACUCAGAAACCGGAAGACGGUCCAUACCGGGGGAAAUACAUUGGCAAAUUUAACUCCUAUCACCAUCAAGCAUCGGGUGACGUAUACGCCGUUGAUGAAUACACAUUCCUGCUAACCGGCUUCAACUACGACGGCAAUGGAAUCGAUACGUUCUUCUGGUCUGGCGCCAGCAAUCGACCCGGCCCGCAAGGUUUCAUCGUACCGGACGAGUAUGGAAAAACGAACAUACUUGAGCGAUACUUCAACAAGGACUUUACGCUACGCCUUCCCGACAACAAGAAAAUCACGGAAGUGAAAUGGCUAGCCGUGUACGAUCUAAACUCGCAGAACAACUUCGCCGACGUGUACAUCCCGGAGGAUUUUGAGCCGCCCGUACCGCAAAAAGCAGGCAGCUUGACCGCGAUAGCAGGUGGACCGAUGGUAUCGAGCGACACGAUCGACAUCCUCGACUCAAAAACGAUCCGCAUCACCGACUUCAGCUACGAUGGUAAGGCAGGCGGCCAGGGGGCGGUACAUUUCUGGGUCGGCGUCGGUCCAUCGCCCUCAUCCAAAGGCAGCAAGGUACCGGAUGAGAUGGGCUACCUGGAUCCCAUCCGCGCGUACGAUCGUGAAACGAUCACGCUGGAGCUACCGGGUGAUAUGACCAUCUUCGACAUCGAUUGGUUCAGCGUGUACGAUGUGGAAGCCCGACGGGACUACGGUUCGAUUCUCAUCUCAGACGACUUGAACGUACCGCCGUCGCUGGUGCGUGUUACGCCGCACACGGAGUCGUUGCCAAACUGCCGCCAGCUGCACAAGGAUUACCGCGUCUCGUGGGAAGUGUUUGGGCCGCAGAUAACGAUCCAGCUGGCGGGCAACGUGCAGCAGGACGAGUACAUGUCGUUCGGGCUGUCCGGCUCGGACAGCCGUAGCCAAAUGCUUGGGGCCGAUGUGGUCGUGGCCUUCAUCGAUGGGCAUCGUGGAUAUGCCGUGGAUUACAACAUCACCUCGCUAGCACCGUGCGUGCAGGUGCUCGGCCAAAACAAGGGCGUUUGUCGGGACGAUGUGGUCGGCGGAUUGGACAGCUACCAGCUGCACACCUACAGCCGGGAGAACGACAUCAACACGAUUACCUUCCGCCGCACACUGAUUUCUUCCGACUCGGGCGACAAAGAGUUCUUGCUGGACCGUCCGAUGUACGUGAUAUGGGCGAUGGGUCGUCUAGAUUCGAACAACGAACCGACCUACCACGACGUCUACCCCAAGCGCAAUGUGCAGAUCCACUUCAACACCUCCGAGCCGGUCAACGAUUGUUUCAGUUUCACCAGCCGCGAAGCGAACCUGAAGGAUGUGUGGGAACGACAGCAGAUCUUUGACCGUUCCGUGCGUGCGUUUACAGCCACGCUCGGACCGGCCGGUGGAAAGCGGGGCUACCAGGGCAUUACUGGGCACGUUUCGAACGGAUUGGCCUGGUACAUCAAUGGGUUCCUCGUGCCGGAACUGUGGCUCCGCCGGGGCCUUACCUACUCAUUCCUCGUGCGCGGUGGAAACAAUCCGCACUCGCCCGAGUUCUACCAUCCGCUCGUCAUCACGGACGAACCGCACGGUGGAUACGAUCGGCUUUCCGACGCACGGCAGAGCGAAAUUCGCGUGCUGGCCGGCGUUGAGUUUACGCGCCGCGGUCGGCCGAAACCGAUCGCCGCCGGACCACUGUGCCUGGCCCGUCACCCAGAAGGACAGGAUCGACGGUUGGAUGACAAUUUUGCGACAUUUAAAAAGUUCAACCGCACACUGAAAUGGACCUGUGAUUCCGGCGAUCCGGCAGUGUUGGAAAUAACACCCAACACUAGCUGGCCGGACGUGGUGUACUACAACAGCUUCACCCACGCCAACAUGGGCUGGAAGAUACACAUCGUCGAUAGCUACAGUCAGUCGGCGCGUAGUCACGCUUCCGCUUGCAGCAGCUUUAAUCACUCGAUUCGAUUGCUUCUAAUUGCGAGUAGCUUCGUUGUGUGGACAUGGGCACUGAAAUAAAGUUAAACGAAAAUGCUCAAACCUA